AUGUUUCGGCCGACAAGAAGUUUAUUAUACUUGUUGAAUCGUGUUCAGAAAUGCCGUGCUGUGCACACUAAUAGUCAGAAUUUAUCAGAAAUUACGGAAUAUGAAUCUGUCAUCUCAGAUGAAUACAAAAGAGGACCUGCAGAAGGCAGGGCACUUUAUUUGGAUGCUCAAGCAACUACACCAUUGGAUCCCAGAGUACUUGAUAAAAUGAUGCCGUAUCUUACAUUCUUUUAUGGCAAUCCACAUUCCAGAACUCAUAUGUAUGGAUGGGAAACAGAAGCAGCUGUAGAACAAGCGCGUAAACAAGUAGCAGCUUUAAUAGGUGCAGAUAAUAAAGAAAUUAUAUUUACAUCUGGAGCCACAGAAUGUAAUAACAUAGCUGUCAAGGGUGUUGCAAGGUUCUACAAAGAAAAGAAGAAUCAUAUUGUGACAACUCAAAUAGAACACAAAUGUGUAUUAGAUUCUUGUAGAGCCUUGCAAGCAGAAGGAUUUGAUGUUACUUAUAUUUCAGUAAAUCCAAAUGGUCUUAUUGAUCUUAAUGAAUUAGAAGAUGCAAUUAAACCAACAACCUCCCUAGUUUCAGUCAUGAUGGUAAAUAAUGAGAUUGGUGUACAACAACCAAUUGCAGAAAUUGGUGCUAUUUGUAGGAAAAAGAAGGUUUUUUUCCACACAGAUGCAGCUCAAGCAAUUGGCAAAAUCCCAAUUGAUGUUAAUGCUAUGAAUAUUGAUUUAAUGUCUAUCAGUGGUCAUAAAAUAUAUGGUCCAAAAGGAAUUGGAGCUUUAUAUGUGAGAAGAAGACCAAGAGUGCGCGUGGAAGCAAUUCAGAGUGGUGGUGGUCAAGAAAGAGGUAUGAGGAGUGGUACUGUUCCAGCACCUUUAGCAGUGGGCCUUGGUGCAGCUUGUGAUUUAGCACAAACAGAAAUGGAGUAUGAUCACAAAUAUAUCUCAAUGCUUUCGAAUCGAUUGAUCGAAAAAAUAACAACAAAUUUACCAGAUGUUAUACGUAACGGAGAUGCGUUAGCUUGGUACCCUGGGUGUGUGAAUUUGUCUUUUGCAUAUGUAGAAGGAGAAUCUUUAUUAAUGGCCUUAAAAAAUGUUGCUUUGAGUAGUGGUUCCGCUUGUACAAGUGCAAGUUUAGAGCCUAGUUAUGUUUUAAGAGCAAUUGGAGCAUCAGAAGAUCUAGCACAUUCCAGUAUUAGAUUCGGUAUUGGUCGUUUCACAACGCUUGAAGAAGUUGAUUAUACCGCAGAAAAUACGAUUCGACACGUUAAAAGACUUCGAGAAAUGAGUCCAUUGUGGGAAAUGGUUGAGGAGGGAAUAGACUUGAAAACUAUUAAAUGGACUCAACAUUAGUGACUUUAUCACAUAGUUCUAACUAUCUAAUAUGUAGAUAGUGUGGAUCAUAUGUACAUUGAUGAUUGUAAGUCAUACAGAUUUAGCCUAAUUAAGUAAAAUAUUUUU